AUGGGGUGGUCUGAGGGUACGGCGGAGUUUUUGCGGGGCCUGUUUCACCUGACACAGAAUAAACUGGCGGGACAGCCGUUCCUGAUCGACGCCGAUGGACUGAACAAUCUGUCCGGGAUAAGGGACUGGCGUGACAGGAUCAACGGCCCGGUGGUGCUAACUCCCCACCCCGGGGAGAUGUCGACGUUGACCGGCGUGCCCGUGGCGCACAUUCAGGCCGAUCGGGUGGACGUCGCGCGGGAAUGGGCGGACCGUUGGAGUGCAACACUGGUGCUCAAGGGUGCAUACACGGUUAUCGCCAGCCCCGGCGAGCCGGUUCGCAUCGCUCCCUUCGCCAAUCCCGGCUUGGCCACGGGCGGUACGGGGGACGUGCUGAGCGGGGUCAUCGUGUCGCUGCUGGCGCAGGGCGUGCCGCCACCGGACGCCGCCUCCGUGGGGGUCUGGCUCCACGCCGCCGCCGCAGAAAUUGUGACCGGACGCAUCGGACAGGCAGGCCUUGCCGCCUCCGAUUUGCUGGACGCGCUGCCCCUGGCUAUCGCCAACCUGCACCGUGCUACACUGUCCUAG